AUGAAAGGAGUGUCCAGCCGCUCGACCAUAGAGCACCUUAUGAAAGCCUUGUUUCCAGCAAACCAAGAAGCAAUCAAGAUUCCACGCCAACAUACGGGGCUCACUAAUGCCUAUCCUUUGACGUACGUGGUUUUCGGGAAAAGCGCAAAUGAGAGGGCAUUGGAGUAUACAGAACACUGGGAAUCCAUCUUCGUUGAUGGCUCUGCCAGAGUGGGACCAUUCUUCGCUGGCCCGCGGCCUACGCGUCCUUUGCUCGAACGAAAGAGGGGUCUUUGCCGAGUGGAAGGGACCGAUGCUAGUAGUUAG